GCCGUGUUGUCUGUGAGUUUGUUGCUUAGAGAGGCAGGCUGACGAGACCGCCGUUCUCUAUCACUUCUACGGACUGCAAGCUGCAUUGGAAGGAUCCUAGGAGACCCUCAAGCUACGCAAUGGAGACACUGACCUUUGAGGAUAUAGCUGUGAACUUCACCACAGAGGAGUGGGCUUUGCUGAAUCCAUCCCAAAAGAAGCUCUACAGAGAUGUGAUGUGGGAAACAUUUAUGAAUAUAACAACUGUAGGAAGGACCUGUGACAACCAGCAAGUUGAAGAAAAAUACAAAAAUUGCUCAGGAAAACUGAGCAAUAAAGAGGUACCAAUAUGGUAUCAAUACAAAACUUGGACUAAACAUGAAAAAAUAUUCCUUUGGACCCUAGAUGCUAGUGUGGACAUGCAGCAAGCUUAUUUAAAGCCUGCCGAAAGUCUUGCUUGUACAAAGCCCCUGAUUGGGCAUUUGUCACUAAAUGUGCCCAUUUUACCUCACACUGGACUAAAAUCACAUGAGUGUUUGGGAUUUGAUGACAAGCCAAGUAAAUGUAAUGAUCAUGGAAAAACCUGCAGUGAUCCCAAGUCCUUUCAGAGGCAUGCAAGGACAAAUACUGGAGAAAAACCUUAUCAAUAUGAGCAAUGUGGGAAAGCCUACUCUGAAAAUAGUAAAAGAACUCACCCUACAGGGAAGACCAUUGUAGGUAAGAAAUGUAUGAAAGCCUCCAGGACUACCAGUGGUGUUCAGAUACAUGAAAGAAUUUACACUGGAAAGAAGCCAUAUUUAUGCAAGAGAUGUGGGAAAGCCUUCAAUACUCAAAGUUGUUGUAAAAUUCAUGAAAGAUUUCACAUGGAGCCUAAACCUUAUGUAUGUAAGCAAUGUGGAAAAGGAUUUCUUGAUAAGUCUGCAUUUUGUAGACAUAGAAGAACCCACACUGGUGAGAAACCAUAUGUAUGUAAGCAAUGUGGGAAGGCAUUUAGCAGAUACAGUUAUUGUAAAAUACAUGAAAAAAGUCACACUGGAGAGAAACCAUAUAUAUGUAAGCAAUGUGGAAAAGCAUUCACUACACAAAUGUGUUAUAAAAUACAUGAACGAUAUCACACUGGGGAGAAACCUUAUGCAUGUAAGCAGUGUGGAAAAGCAUUCACUAUACAGAGUAGCUGUAAAGUACAUGAAAGAAUUCACACUGGUGAGAAACCCUAUGCAUGUAAGCAAUGUGGGAAAGCAUUCAGCAGGCACAGUAAUUGUAAAAUACAUGAAAGAAUUCACACUGGGGAGAAGCCCUAUGUAUGUAAACAGUGUGGAAAAGCAUUCAGUGUACAUAGUACCUGUCAACGCCAUGAAAGAAUUCACACUGGAGAGAAACCAUAUAUAUGUAAGCAAUGUGGAAAAGCAUUCAGUGUACACAGUUACUGCCAAAGACAUGAGAGAACUCACACUGGGGAGAAACCUUAUGUCUGUAACCAAUGUGGAAAAGCAUUCACUACACACCGUUAUUGUCAAAUACAUGAAAGAAAUCAUACUGGAGAGAAACCGUAUGUGUGCAAGCAAUGUGGAAAAGCAUUCACUACAAAAAGUUAUUAUAAAAUACAUGAAAAAAAUCACACAGGGGAAAAACCUUAUGUAUGCAAGCAAUGUGGGAAGGCAUUUCCUACACACCAGUAUUGUCAAAUACAUGAAAAAAUUCACACUGGGGAGAAACCUUUUGUGUGCAAGGAAUGUGGAAAGGCAUUCACUACACACAAAUACUGUCAGAUACAUGAAAGAACUCACACUGGAGAGAAACCUUAUGUGUGCAAGGAAUGUGGAAAAGCAUUCACUACAAAGAGUUCUUAUAAUGCACAUGAAAAAAAUCACACAGGGGAAAAACCUUAUGUGUGCAAGCAAUGUGGUAAAUCAUUCACUACACAAAAAUAUUGUCAAAGACAUGAAAGGACUCACACAGGUGAGAAACUCUAUGCAUGUAAGCCAUGUGGAAAAAGAUUUGCUAGUAAGUCCUCAUAUUAUAUACAUAGAUCUCACACUGUGGAGGAACCUUAUGUAUACAAGCAAUAUGGGGAAAACAUUCCAUGAACAGUUUUUUUUCUUCUAUUCCCCUGUCUUCCUUCAGUUCCUCCCCAUUUACAGAAGCUUUGUUUCCAUUUUUUCCUUCAUAUUUUUCUCUUAGCUUCUUUUCCCUCUUCUGCCCCCCUUGUUGAGACCUGAAUAAACUAAAUGAAAUUUUGAUGUCAGUAUUUCUUUAUAAAUUUUUCAGAAAACACACUCCCAGCUGGAGUUAUCCUAGAAAGUUUUCCUUCUGUGUUUUUCAGUGGAUCACUUAUAAAUACUGAAUUAUAUGUCUGUAGUCUUUGCUAUAAUGAAAUUAGCAUUUUUGUGUAAAACGUCUUUUAUUUUAUAUAUAGUGUCUAAUUAAACAAGGUAAGCUAAAAUGUAUUUUUUACUUCCAAUUAGGGUUAAUACUUACAUAUUUUUAUUUUGUUUCAUUUUUAUUGUUGAGUGGUCUUGGCCACUAAAAAAUAGGUUUUAUUGUUUUUAAUU